AUGAAUGUCUUCUGGGAAGCAGAAGUAUCUGCGUCUUCCUUCGUGUUCGGCAGCGCGGCGCUCGCUCCCUCCGAGCCCGGUCCUACCUCAGCCGCCGCGCUCCGGGCGGCCGCGCUCUCCUCUUCGUCGUCGUCCCUCGUCCUCGUCGUCCUCGUCCUUGUCGUCCCAAUGAUGGCUUUUCCUGGGACCACUCAGAAGACUUCCCUUCUGUUCACGCUGCCAGGUAAGACUGCCCGAAGCACUGACAGCAUCACGGACUGGCACCACCUGGCACCCGGCACUGCAGAUGCUGCAAAUCGUCUUCUUGGGAAAGGGGCCGCCGCGCGGCUGCGGGAUGCGGCGGGCAGGGACCCGCUGGCCGCCGACCUGCGCUGCAGCCUCUUCGCCGCCGCGCUGCAGAGCUACAAGCGCGACUCGGCGCUCAGGCCCUUCCCGGGCCGCUACGCGCACGGCGACACCAAGGACUUCGAGGCGCUGCUUGCAGAUACAAAUGCCUUACCAAGCCUAAAAGAGCUGCUAGAAUCUGCCCCAAACACAGAGAAAAGGGCCUGGGAUUUGUUUGGUUGGAUUUUAUCAUCCAAGAUCUUGAUGAUACAGAGUACUAAGAAGCAGGAGUAUGAGAAGAUCCAAGAACUCACGGGGAUGUCUGGUGCUGCUGUUCCCGCUCCGGAUUUCCUGUUUGAGAUCAUGUAUUGCGAGCAAAUGAACGCCAAGUUUGCCGAGACCAGGGGAGAGCGGGACCUCAUCUACGCAUUCCAUGGGAGCCGCCUCGAGAACUUCCACUCCAUCCUGCACAACGGCCUGCAGUGCCACCUGAACAAGACAUCCCUGUUUGGUGAGGGCACCUAUCUCACCAGUGACCUGAGCCUGGCUCUGCUCUACAGCCCUCACGGGCUCGGUUGGCGCCAGAGCGUUUUGGGCUCUGUCCUUAGCUGCGUGGCUGUUUGUGAGAUCAUUGACCACCCAGAUGUGAAGUGUCAGGUGAAGAAGAAAGAUUCAGAAGAAAUAGACAGGAAAAGAGCAAGAGUGAAAAACAGCGAAGGGGGCGAUGUGCCACAGAAAUACUUUGUUGUCACAAACAAUCAGCUUUUACGAGUUAAAUACUUACUAGUAUAUUCACAGAAACAGCAUAGAAGGUCCCCUAGUCAAGCCUCCUGGCUUUCCACGCACCGGUUUGCUGUAAUGAUGAUGCUCUACCUGCUGCUGCUAAUGGUGAUAGGGGCCAGCAAUUCCCCCACCUUCCUCUACUACUGGCACAGAAUGUUCGACUCAGAAGGAUGAAUUGCCUGGGAUGAUGAACUAUUAUUUUCACCAUGUGCCUUAAUAAUAGCAAAUUCACUGUGUACUGCAUCUGUUGAAGAGCUCUGAAUGUGAAGGUGCUUGGAGCUUUCCAAUUCCGUCUACACCAAGUUAUCCUCGUGGCAUCUUUCCCUUUAUUCUUAUUUCUGUGCUCCCACGAUUCAGGAGGAUGCCCAGGACAGCUGAAGAGGGUUGUGAUGGUGCAGUCUAGCAUGAACCAAUUGCUAAGGGUCCAUAAAAAAAAGCUAUUUAAAAUUAAUGAAAACUUAGUGGGACAUUUUCUGUCAAGCUGGGGUAGUAAUAUUUGCAUGCAGU